AUGGCCGACUCCCCCCUCUUCCCAGCAGCCCUCCGGUGCUUCCCACGCAGAAACUGGGAUGGCGUCCUCUUCUUUUCACACCCCAUCCCACACGGAAUGCUCGACGAAAAGGCCCGCUCAGCAGCGCGCACAGCAAGCCAGCGUUGGCAGGCCGCAUUCGACGACGGACAAAUCGGUACCCUCGACGCAGUCGAUUUUACAGUGGCCGUUUUCGCUGUUGCCUAUGGCAUGAAAGACCACCUGCCCAUCGUCAUGAAGAGGUUGGGCCGAUGCGUGGCCACAACCGAGGCAUGGCGAACAUUGUCAGAUGAACUAAUCCGUCGCGCGUUCAACAUUGCCUGCACAGAGGUGGCGGUGCGCUUCCCCGACUUUGAGCUGCCUACACUCGAUGACGUGCGCCUGUUUGCUCGCGGCGCCAUGGACUGUGUAUGGGAGGAGGACAUCGAUUCUUGGGAGCUGUUGCGCCGGCAAGGCUACGACGAGGCCCGCUUCACCGACCGGCAAGUGCACUACAUGCCUGAUCCUGCCUCGCUUCCGCCCCGCGCGUAUACAGUCGUCAACCACGACCUCGAGGAAGACCCUGCCGCAGAAGACAAGAAACUCGUCCUACCUGCCUCCACGUCUGCCGCUGUCACCGACGAUCGAGGACCAGCCAUCACCCAACACGUCGUUGUCAGUUUCGUGAAGCUGCCCAAACCAGUGCACGGCGAGAGAGACAUCAAGGCCAGAAGCCAGACGCCGAUAACUGUCCCUGCAAGAUGGUUUUCUACUACCCACUACAGAUAA